AUGUCUCGCCUGAUGAAAUCAGAAGCUCUGGAGAUUGGCGGAUGCAUCAUCCUAACUGCAGUGCUCGCAGAUCGUACCUUCCAGCACAUGACAGAGGCGGAUUUCUCGGCAGUCUUCGCCGCGAAGGUUGGCGUGCUGAAGACUAUACAGCACGUGAUUGACGUCGACCAUGCGGACUUUGUGGUCGCUUUCACAUCUAUGUCCGGCUUGUUUGGGUUUGGUGGGCAAACCAAUUACGGGGCAGCAAAUACCGAACUAGAGGAAGAACUGGCUCAGAUCCCAAAUGCUUUCUCCUUUGUAUGUCCCGGUGUGUUGGAUACGUCACUGAUGCUGGCUGGCAACGAUAUGGCCGCGCGCCGCCUGGGACAUGCGGUCGAAUGGUCAUUCUCUGCGGAAGGUGAGUAG